CUACUUGCAGGAUCAUAUACUUGUCCAUUAUAUCGAUACAUAUCUCAUGUGCUCAAUGAUAUUUAUAGUCUAUAUAAUGAAAAUGUAGACUUUUAUAUGAUUCAAAUUCGUGAAGCACACGCCAGUGAUGUUUGGCCUAUUGGUAAUAUUGUAGAAGUUAAGGAACACCGUACAUUAGAAGAACGGUUGACAGCUGCACGUAAAAUGGUUAAAGCUACUCAACUUGAGAUUCCUGUACUAGCAGAUACAAUGGAUAACACAUUCUUGAAUUUAUAUUCACCUUGGCCAUUCCGAUUCUUUGUAAUUAAAGAUGGUAUUUUGAAACUUGUUGGAACGCCAAAAGAAGCACGUUAUGAUACAACGGAUCUAGUUAACUGUUUAGAUGCUCUUUUGGAUAAAAAAUCAUCUGAAUCUGAUCUUACGCAAAAAAAGGAGUGUAAAUAAUUGCCCUCUUAGAAUAUAAUUGUCCUAUAUAACUGAUUUUAAAUCCAAUUCAAUUACUUUGUAUCUCAUUUUGAUGGAAUAGUUUUAUAAUUAAUAAAUGCUUUUGUUUAAUGAG